CUCAGCGGUAUCAAUGGGAACAUCACUCUUUCCACACGCUUGACGUCUUCUCUAUUAACCGUCCACCAAAGACAGAGCUAAAAAUGGCCUGUGCCCAUCUGUGCAAAGAGGCUGACAUCAAAACUGCAUUGGAAGCAUGCAAAGCCCCCGAGUCUUUCAACUUUACUGCCUUCUUCAAAGCAGUCGGCUUUGCCAGCAAGACCGCUGAUGAGGUCAAGAAGGCCUUCCAGGUCAUUGAUCAGGAUGCAAGUGGCUUUAUUGAGGAGGAGGAACUGAAGUUGUUCCUUCAGAACUUCUGCCCCAAUGCCAGGACACUGACUGACGCUGAGACAAAGGCUUUCCUCAAGGCUGGUGAUGUGGAUGGUGAUGGCAUGAUUGGAAUUGAUGAAUUUGCUGAACUGGUUAAGCAAUAAAGACCAACUGACCAACAACCACCCAAGACCUCCCCCCUUUUCAGCUUAAUAUAAAUACUUUUUAUACAUUUGCUUGCAAGACAUUUCCUCUAGUGUGGUACACUGUCCAAAAUGAUGAUUGUGAAUGUACCAGAUGUGUUCAUGUCUUAAAUAUGAAUUUUGCUUAUUGUAAAAUCUAUGAUGCACUUUUCAGUAGUGGACAAUAAAAAUAAUCAAUAUUCUUUUGGAAUA